AUGGUCAAUUCACUUGAAGUUCCGCCAUACCUCCUCCAACCGCUCAUCCCUAGAAUCAUUGCAGGGACUGUUACUUGUGCGCAGGCCUUUGGGUCCGAAAUAUACGUUGGCUGCUCGAAUGGCGAGCUCCUGCGCUACGCCCUGCAGCCAGAUGCAGAUCCCACCAAGCUAGACGCUUACGCUCUGCUCUCGCAACAGAGCCACCCUUCGGGCAAGCAGAUCGACGAGCUCAUCCUCGUACCUUGCAUCGCGAGGGUGCUGAUAUUAUGUGAUCGUCAAUUCCAUAUAUACACCCUCCCUUCGCUUGAUCUUGUUCCAAACGCUAAACCCGUCCGCAAUGUUGAGGCUCUCGCAGUCGACCACAACCACCUUCAGCGCCCCGCCGCGACCUCGCUUACCACUAGAGCCACUUCCACAUCAGCAAAUUUUCCUACUGAGCGAGGGAAAAUUGAUGCCAUCGACCUCUGUGUUAUAAAGCGCAGUACUAUUGCCAUGUAUAGUUUGGGCGAGGAGAAGUUGAUAUUCACCAGGGAAAUCCCUUUCCGACCUGGAUCCCUCCGUGCUCAGCGUUCAGGGCGCCACCUAUGCAUUGCGACCGCAGACAUUUACAGUGUAAUUGAUCUUGUAACUGCGCAGAUGUUUGAAUUGCUUCCAGUGACACAAGUCGAGGUUACGGCGGGUACGAUUAAACCACAUAUCGUUGUCAUAUCUCCAUCUGAGUUCCUUUUACUGAGCUGGACGGGCGGGAGCACACUUGGCUUGUUCAUCACGGGCGAUGGUGAUCCCGUGCGUGGAACACUUGAGUGGCCAGCGUAUCCACUGUCUGUGUGUCUCGACUAUCCCUACCUAACAACACUUCUGCCAAAUGGCACAAUCGAAGUGCACAGUGUUGAAACUCAGACGAUUACCCAAGUCAUCCCAGCGCCCGAUUUUGGUGAAGGAGGGAAGCCAGGCUUGGUCUCUUGCGUUGCUGGCUAUGCAGCGCCCUCCUCUGAGUGUAGGGACAAGAUGAGGAAAGUCAAAGUUGGGUUGAUGGACGACGAUAAGGUCCAUGAAAGCCAGAACGAGGAAAUGGAAGAAGUAGAGGAAGAGGAAGAGAAAGAUGCGGAUUCUGUUCGAACUAAGAAGCGAACACGCUUAGUGUUUGAAGACAACGAUCAUUCAACAGAUGUUCCUAGUGUGUCUAUAUGA